AUGGACUCCAGUAGCGAUCGUUACUACAAACUCAAUCGUAUGUUUUUGUCGGCUAUUGGUCUCUGGCCGCAUCGUUACAUUGUGUUGCGGCAACUUCAAGGUAUUUUAUCGUCGUUUAUUCUAAUAUCGGUAACGUCACCCCAGUUAAUAAAAUUGAUCACGAUAACAAAGUACGAUGUGGACGUCGUGUUGACCAUUUUAUCGUCCGCUUUGCCGUUCAUGUUAUUCACUGUAAAAUAUAUCACUUUUUAUUUCGUCACAGAGAAGGCAAAGGCGUUAAUGCGACAAAUUGAAAGCGAUUGGAACAUGUUGAGAAAUAAUCACGAGCUUGAGAUAAUUCAUCGAUACGCGAAAGUGGCAAAACUGUCCACCACGUCUCUAGCAACAUUGAUCUACGUGUGUAUCGCCACGGUUAUCGUCAUGCAGUACAUCCCGAUUUUUCUCGACGUCGUUGCGCCAAGUAACAAAUCUCGACAACCCGAAUUAUUGUUUUCGGUCGAAUACUUCGUCGAUCAGAGAAAAUAUUUCCACGCGAUUCAAUUUCACUUGGAUGUCGGAUUAAUCGUCGCCGCGACGACAAUUCUGUCCACCGAGUCGUUUUGUUUAGGACUUGCGAUACACGCGUUCGGAAUGUUCAAAAUAGCCAGUUAUCGCAUGGAGCAUAUAAUCGAUGAAAACGCGUCGAAUACAUUUACGGAAAAGCAUCACGACUUUCACAACAACGUAGUGAUUGCUGUGAACGGUCAUCGAAAAGCAAUCGAGUCGGUAUCAUGA